AUGAAGAAGGAAGAAAAAAACAGCACUUUAUCCUUCAGAUACAACUGGGUCCUUUUAGUAGAGUCUUGGGACAAGAAUCCAAAAACUUCUGCAAUAGUGAAGCAACUGGUUGCUGAAGGAAAUGUCAAAGAACUGCAGAAAUACUUUGGCUCACGGAUGGAGUUUGGCACAGCAGGGCUCAGAGCUGCCAUGGGAGCAGGGAUUUCCCACAUGAAUGACUUGACUAUUAUCCAGACAACCCAGGGAUUUUGCAGAUACCUUGAGAAGAAUUUCAGUGACCUGAAAAAGAGAGGAGUUGUGAUUGGCUUUGAUGUUCGUGCCCAUCUUUCCAGUGGAGGUAGUAGCAAAAGGUUUGCAAGACUUGCUGCUACUACCUUCAUCAGUCAGGGAGUUCCGGUUUAUCUGUUCUCUGAUAUAACACCAACUCCUUUUGUGCCAUACACAGUAAGACAUCUGAAUCUUUGUGCUGGAAUUAUGGUUACAGCUUCGCAUAAUCCAAAACAAGAUAAUGGUUACAAGGUUUACUGGGAAAAUGGCGCUCAGAUCAUUUCCCCUCAUGACAAAGGAAUUUCUCAGGCUAUUGAGGAGAACCAAGAGCCAUGGCCUCAGGCUUGGGAUGACAAACUGAUUGACAGCAGCCUGCUACUUCAUGAUCCAUAUGCCACAGUCAAUAAGGAGUAUUUCAAAGACAUACAGAAACAGUGCUUUCACAGGAAUAUAAACAAGGAAACAAACCUGAAAUUUGUUCAUACUUCUGUGCAUGGUGUAGGUCAUAAAUUUGUGCAGUUGGCCUUCAAGGCAUUUGACCUUAGCCCUCCUUUUGCUGUUCCGGAACAGAAGGAUCCUGAUCCAGAAUUUCCCACAGUGAAGUAUCCAAAUCCUGAGGAAGGCAAAGGUGUUCUGACAUUGUCUUUUGCUUUGGCUGAAAAAGAUGGGGCAAAAAUCAUUCUAGCAAAUGAUCCUGAUGCUGAUCGACUUGCAGUGGCAGAGAAACAAGAGAGUGGUGAAUGGAAAGUGUUUUCUGGAAAUGAGCUGGGAGCUCUUUUAGGCUGGUGGAUUUUCACUUGCUGGAAAAAGCACAAUAGGGAUACUCGUGCCAUUAAAGAUGUAUACAUGUUAUCCAGUACUGUUUCUUCCAAAAUCCUGAGAGCAAUUGCACUAAAGGAAGGUUUUCACUUUGAGGAAACACUGACAGGUUUCAAGUGGAUGGGCAACCGUGCCAAACAGCUCAUGGACCAGGGAAAAGCUGUUCUUUUUGCAUUUGAGGAGGCCAUAGGGUAUAUGUGCUGUCCUGCUGUUCUGGACAAAGAUGGUGUCAGCGCUGCUGUUAUAACUGCGGAGAUGGCUAGCUUUUUGGCAACCAGGAAUCUGACUUUGUCUCAACAGCUGAAAGCUGUCUAUGAUGAAUAUGGCUUCCAUAUUACCCGAGCUUCAUAUUUCAUCUGCCAUGAUCCUAAAGUUAUUCAACAGCUUUUUGACAACCUUAGAAAUUUUGAUGGAAGGAACACUUACCCAAAAGCUUGUGGUAGAUUUAAAGUUUCUGGAAUAAGGGAUCUAACUACUGGGUAUGACAGCAGCCAGCCAGAUCAAAAGGCUAUACUUCCCACUAGUAAAAGUAGCCAAAUGAUAACAUUCACUUUUGCUAAUGGAGGAGUGGCCACAAUGAGAACCAGUGGGACGGAACCAAAGAUCAAAUACUAUACUGAACUUUGUGCACCUCCUGGAAACAGUGACAUUGAGCAACUGAAGAAGGAACUAGAUGAAUUGGUCAACGCUCUUGAAAAACACUUCUUUCAACCAGAAAAAAAUAAUCUUCAACGAAAGACUGAGUAAAAUAGUAAAAUUACUACCUUAAUUGGUUUUUGCAGCAUUAGAAGUGCAUCAUUUAAGUAAGGAUUUUUAGGACCAAACAUCUGAGAACUCAGACUGAAAAGAUUCUGCAUUUAUUAAGAGUUGUUCUGGGUACUCGGAUCUUGUUUCUGAAAGAAAAUACCUUUACCCUUAAAGGACCAAAAAACCUCCAAUCAGUUGAACUAAAAGUUUAUGAACUAAAAGUUUAUGAACUAAAAGUUGACUGCAGAUGUGUUUAAAUCAGAAGGUGUUUUAAUUAAAUAUUAUAAGUAAUAUCUUGAUUUCUGAAAUGCAGCCUGUUUUGUGGGGCUUUUAUUUCUUUUGUGUGCAUGUAAUCUGGUAAUACUAUGCAACUUUGUCUAGGUUUAGAUUUGCAAAGCAAGUUCUUCUGUUAACAAGUACUGAAAGCCUGUCAGGAGAAUUUGACAAACUUGGGGCAAAUGUUUCAGAAAUAGUGAUCUAUCUGGGGGAUUUUAGCCCAAAUAAACAGGGAAGUCACAGCGAUUUUGCUGUACAGCUGUUUGCUGUGGGACAAUACAUCAUAUUCCAGGUUAGAAAUACAAAUUGUACUGAACUGCCUUUUAAUACCAUGAACAUACUAAGAUAAUAUAUCUGCAUCCUGCACAUUUCUGUUGCCUCAUUAAACUAAGCAUAAUUAGUUCAAUGCAUACCCUAGCCUCAGAGCCUGUCAUACUGUAUGCUGCCAUGACUCAAUGCAUAAUUCUGCAUGUCUAAUUUAAAGCAGAAGUUUUCAUUUUAUCUCAUGCUGUUGCAUGCACUCGCAGAGCCUAAGAGGGUUAUUUGGAGGCUACCAGUUUGCUUUAAUCCAAGGGGGUUUUGGAUUUUCAGUAGCUCGAACAGACCCAGUACUUCUUGGGUAAAGAAACCUCUUUGCCAGAAUUACUUCUUGUACCCCAUGACUAGUUGCCAGACUGAACACAGAUCAAAUUUAGCAAAUUACUCAUAAAAGGUCAAACUUGCCAUUUCAAGCCCAGUAAAUACUAACUUAACUUGUUAGCUAAGAUGGUAAGCAAAGAACACUGGAUGCCUGCUUUUACCUUACAGACUUCAAAGUUGUCACAGGAGGACACAAGGAAAGGAGUAGUCCCUGCAUUCUGUGGCUGUCACAUCAGCUUUUCUUGGCUGUGCAGAGCCAAAGGCAGCAUCUGAAUCAUUCAUGUUGAGGUCCAUCUGUGUGGCAUAGAAAAUUAACUUUAAAAUAAAGUAAUAAGGGUACUGAGGAAACAGAGUGUGCUGUUAAUCAAAUCCUAGUCCUUUAGAGUAGAAAGCUAAAAUGAUAGGCUAUUACUUUGUGCAGAAAAUGCUGGUUCACACCCUCCACUUUUCUGUGUCCAUUUCUCUAUACUAAACCAAAGAUGAGACAGGUUUUUACUGAUACAUGUUUAUCUGGUCCAUUGAGUAAUGCAGUCCAUAAUCCUAAAUAGGACCCUAGGGACUACUGAAUGUAGUAGUAACUGUGAAGGGAAUCUCAAUAUUGACUUCAAUGCAAUCAGCUCUGUCACAUUGCAUAAAAUUUCUUCAUGUGUCAAAUCCUGCAGUUCUUUCCUUCUGAAAAUAAAAGCUAAGGACAAAUUAAAGGCUUACAAUAAAUAUAUAGUAUUUUGAACUUUUUUUUCAUGCAUGUUAAGUGUGCUAAACCAGUGCAUUUGGCAUGUUGUAAAUCUGAACUGAUUCUCAAAAGGAGACAUUUCUAAGACAUUGAGACAGAUUGGUCACCAGUCCCUUUCCAUCUGACUGCCACCAUGUGGCAGAAACAUCUAUUAAUCUGGGUUUUUUUCUGAAUAUAUAUAUAUAUUUUUUUUUUAUGAAACCUGAAGGCAACAUUACCAGUCUUUUAAAAUUUUGGGCUUUGCAUUCUUAUUUUUGUCCCUGGAAGUAUUUUGAGAGUUCCAAGUCCAACUCAUGCCUUGUCAUCUAGAACUGAGAUAGGAAGGAAUUUCAAGACCAUCCAUAAGAAGGGGGCAUGAAAACAAGGAGUUAUUAUUGAGGAAUUAAAAUGACAACUUUAGCUUUUGAAAUAGUCCAAAUCUGAAGUACUUCUCAAUAGUAGGUGUUCCCUUGUUGCAUUUCCUCUGUUUCCUCGGUACCUGUGAUGCUGGGUCCCCAGCUGCCCGAGACCUGGAAUAAUAGGCGUGUGGUACAAGUUUGUGAGACCAGAGUAUGAAAUGGUGCUGACACAUCACAGAAAAAAGCAUGUACCUGGAUCUUUGAGGUUUCUGUGAUAAGUUUCAAUGUGGCAAGAGCUGAGAAAAGAAAUUAAGCAGGAACCUUACCCACUGCUCCCUAACAGUGCUAUUGCAAAGGUUCAUUUUUAAUUCUUUACCUGCCCCUCAGCACAUGAGGUCCUGCUUUCCUUCAUUUAUGAAUAGGCAGCAGGGAAACAUGACAAGAAGGAGGUAAGGGGAAAGCUUAAACUGAGAUAACGUGUGGAGAUUGUGUACUCCUGUACUCAAGCAGGAGACCGGACCUGAAAGGAAGUUACUCCCAUGUGCUAUUGUGUGCUGUACACUGAGUGGAUGCACUUGGAGAACUCUGCAAGUGUCUGACAGCAGGGCCAUCAAUGAACUGAUGUACACUGAGACAUCCUUAAGAUGGCUUUAGAGCAUCCUCAGAAACAGUACAGAUAUGGUCAAGAUGAUGACCCAAUCUGUAUCAUUCUGUCUUCCCAGGGACAAGGAAUUUAUUUGCUCCAUUUCCUGCUCUGUUCCAAACAGAA